AUGUCCGUGUCACCAAGAAGUCAAUUCUUGGUGACAUUUGUCAAGCACUUCAAACUUGACAUCAAAGUCUCCAGUGAACUCUACGAGUCCUUCCCUGUUGACUUCCCUGUCAAGAAGUUGCCAGUCUUGGUCAGUGCCAAGGGUGAAAAGAUGUGUGAAACUGUUGCCAUUUUGAUGUACUUAUUGUCUCUUGUUCCUGACAACAAGUUGUUGGGUAAGAACCCAUUUGAAUACUCUCAAAUCUUGAAGUACGUUUUGUGGGCUAACAACGAAAUCUUGCCAAGUUACAUUUACCCUGUCAUGAUGGCCAAGGGUAUGAAGCCAUACAACAAGAGAUCUUUCGACGAAGGUAUUGCCAACCUUGAAAAGUUCACUGCUUUGCUCGAAGCCAGAUUGGCCAACUACACUUACUUAGUUGGUGAACGUAUUUCCAUUGCUGAUUUAAUUAAUGCUCACCACUUUGCCGUUAUCUAUGCCACUGUUGGUGCCAAGCCAUUCACCAAGAAGUACCCUAACGUCUACAGAUGGUUUUUGACUGUCUACAAGAAUGCUUUCUUUGGUGAUGCUCAAUUCACUGUUGCUGCUGAACCAUUGGCCUUCCAACCUCCAAAGAAGGAAAAGAAGGAAGCUGCUCCAAAGAAGGAAGCCGCUGCUCCUAAGGCUGCUCCAGCUGACGAUGCUCCAGUUGAAGAAAAGAAGCCAAAGCAUCCAUUGGAAUUGUUGGGUAAGGCUGCCAAUCCUUUGGAUAACUGGAAGAGAGUGUACUCUAACGAAGACACCAGACCAAAAGCCAUCCCAUGGUUCUGGGAAAACCAAUGGAACCCUGAAGAAUGGUCUUUGUGGAAGCUUGACUACAAGUACAAUGAGGAAUUGGAAAAGACCUUUAUGACCAACAAUCAAAUUGGUGGUUUCUUUGCCAGAUUAUCUGCUUCCACCAAGUACUUGUUUGGUUGUUUAGUUGUGUACGGUGUUGACAAUGACAACGGUAUCACUGGUGCCUUCUUGGUCAGAGGUCAAGAAUACGCUCCAGCCUUCGACGUUGCUCCUGAUUGGGAUACUUACAACUACACCAAGUUGAACCCUGAAAACGAAGAAGACAAGAAGUUCAUUGAAAACAUGUUUGCUUGGGAUGAACCAGUUACUGUGAACGGUGAAAAGAAGGAAAUCGCUGACGGUAAGGUCUUCAAAUAA